GAUUACAGUUACACUUUUGUUGUCUUGAUGAUAUGGAAAAUUAAAUACAAUCAAAUUUAUUGAUUACAACAUAAGUGUUUGUUUGUUUUGUACUAAAGUACAAAUUUUCUGUUUUAACCUAGCUGCUAACUUACAUUAUAUUUGUAUCCCAUAAAUUCUAGCCGGUGAUAUGACGUUUCGACUUCCUUUUCAUGAAUCUCAUUAAUGUACUUGACAAUUUUCAAGUGUGUUUCUAAUAUGAGCGAUUGUCAAUUUUUGCUUAAACAACAUGCAAAAUUACUAUGAUGUGUCACAUGAAAAAGCAGUUUCCUGGAAAAGAACGAACAACGUCCCUGGAAGACCUGUAUCUAGUUCCGUUCACAAUUUGCAGUUGACCUCAGAUUCAAAGAAUAUUAGUCCUAGAAAAAAUUCUUCAAAGACGAAACAUCGUAAAACGUCGUCUUCUAGUUCGUUUCAAGAAUUUCAAGAUAGUACUGAGGAUGCUUGGGACAUUGGGGAUGAUGAAUUUUGUUCAACAGCAGAUUUCCCUAUUCAUCCUAAAGUGGCAGAAUCCACAGCCAUAAAAGUAUUACAUAACCACAGUAAGGGAACUUCCAUUGGAUAUGAUUCUCCUGAUCUUCAAAAUGUUUCUCAAGAUGAGAAUCAUUCCUCCAACUUGAAUGACAGUCAUCAUCAUAGAAAGAAAGCUUCAUCGGAAAAUGCAAAGAUCCUUGCAAGUAACUCUCCAAGAUGUGAGGAAAAUUCCCAUAAAGAGGGUCACCACCAUGGUCCAGGAAUCGGGAUCCGCCAGACUCUCAAAAAACAGUCCUCCCUCUUUGGCACUCCAAACAUCUCCAACCUUGCUGGCUCCUCUACUGAGCGUGAAGCUGCUAGGAUUGAGGCAUUCAACAAACUGUUAAAUAGUCAAAACACUGAUUUGAAGGAGCUAAGGAAAUUAAGUUGGUCUGGUAUACCGGCUACAGUGCGACCAGUCACCUGGAAACUUUUGGCAGGCUAUUUACCAACAUGCUUUGAGAGACGCAAGCCCUUUCUUGAAAGAAGAAAAGCAGAUUAUUUGGCCUUUAUAAGUCGGUAUUAUGACAUGCGGGAUGAGGAAGGUCAUCACGAGACUUAUAGGCAGAUCCACAUAGACGUGCCCAGAAUGAGUCCGCUAGUUCCGUUGUUUCAACAAGACAUUGUACAGAAAGCAUUUGAAAGGAUACUCUACAUCCUGGCUAUUCGUCAUCCUGCCAGUGGCUAUGUUCAAGGAAUGAAUGAUCUGGUGACACCCUUUUUUGUUGUAUUCUUGCAAGACUACAUACCUACUGGUGCUGAUGUCGAAUGUUACGAUGUGAGCACCCUGGAUGAGGAUUAUCUUCAGCAGGUUGAAACAGACAGUUACUGGUGCAUGGCAAAGCUUCUCGAUGGAAUACAAGAUAACUAUACUUUCGCCCAACCAGGCAUUCAGAAGAAAGUUCACCUCUUGAAGGAGCUCAUACAAAGGAUUGAUGCUCCCCUUCACACCCACCUGAAGAAGCAUUCCAUUGAGUACCUGCAGUUUUCGUUCCGGUGGAUGAAUAACCUUCUCAUGAGAGAACUACCUCUCGCAUGCACCAUACGCCUCUGGGAUACAUAUCUGUCUGAAGCAAAUGGUUUUAGCAAUUUCCAUCUUUAUGUGUGUGCAGCAUUUCUCAUGUACUGGUCACGAGAGUUACUUCAAGAAAAAGAUUUCCAGGGUCUCAUGUUAACACUACAGAAUCUUCCGACCCUCCAUUGGGGUGACAAUGAGAUCAGCGUCCUCUUGGCAGAAGCCUACAGGCUGAAGUACAUGUUUGACGACGCGCCUAACCACUUGCAACCACGUGACGACUGAUCAUAUCAUGCCCUGUGGAGAAAGGGGAGAGUUAAUUUUGUUGUUGUUAUUGAAGAGUUUUGCUACUUUAUGUUUUUUCUGCGAAUCUCUCAUUUGUUUUUUUUUUAUAUAUAUAUAUACAUAUAUAAACUGUUGGUGUUGUUUAUGUAACCAUUUUGUAACAUGGAAAACAAUACAAAAAAAAAGAAAAAAAAUGUAUAGAAAUUUAUAUCAGUGCUGUCUUCACUCAUGUUAUACUUUUUUUCAUAUAUAAAAUAAUAUACAUAUUGUGAUCAUGUAUAGAUGUAUAUAAAAAAAUUAUUUAGAUCCUUAAGAGUUUUAUCUCUUUAUUUUUCAGUCCACUGCGAUACAUUCAUGAAAUAUUUUGGAAGAUUUUUAUUUUAUUUUUUCACUCUAGUAUUGCAAUUUAGAGUACUAAUAAUGAAAAUUAUUAUUAGUGAAAAAUUAAAAGGUUGAAUCAAAAAUAAAAUUGAAAUAGUUAAUUCUGGUAAUUGUAAAGAGUUAUAAAAAAAAUUAAAAAAACUUGCUGUGAAAUCCUGAUAGUAUAUUUGAAAUGUGAUUAUCUGAUGUUGCAUCAUUAAAAUUCAGUACCCUUUGAAAGUCUUUAUUUUAGGUUUAAGGUGCUUAAGAGUCCUUAUUUUUUCAUCAUCAGAAAAAAUGUGAAAAAAUAUCUUUUUAAAAAAAAAAAUCCCUUUAGUUAAGAUAGUUAUUAAUCAAAGGGGUGAUUGAAUCACGAGCCAGGUGGGGACACUAAGGGAAAGUAUACUAGCUCUUUGUGUUCCCGUUCACCUCCAGAAUUAACUUCAGAAGAUGAGGUAAUCUUUUCAACUUGGAAUUUGAAAAGUUGGUGUAGGCAGAAAGCCAGUGGAGAGAAAAGAGAGGAGUUUCCAACUAACCAUUUUUACAUUAUUUUGUAGAUUUCAUGAGUGAUUUUACAUUUGGGAAAGUAUUAUUAUUAAUUUUGUUAAAUUUUCAAUUCAAGUUAUUAGCUUGUUAGUUAAUGUUUGUUACAUUUAAGAAUUUUAUUUAUUUUUUUUGUUUUUGCAGCAAUUGUUCAUUUUUCUUGUUAUACACGUUAUCUCAUUUGUUACUACCAAUGAAGCUUUAUGGUAAAAAUAUUUUAAAUUUUC